AUGGAUGCAGGCGAAUCUUCUACAACAAUAAUUAGUGCAAAAAGUACCGUUGAUGAUAAUAGUACACCAGUUAAAUCAAAAAAACGCAAUAAACGAACUAUAAUUACUUCAGCUGAUAUAAAUGGUGCAAUGGAAAAUGCAAAUGUGUUCACAUCAUCAUCAACAAUAAAUUCUAAUUUCAGAAAUAAUCAAACACAAUCAGAUUUACCAAAUCUUGAUCGAACAAGAAAAUUCAAUGAAUAUGAAGUAGCUAAUGUUGCAGACGAAGAUGAUGACGAAGAACGUGACAGGCAUGUUGUUUCGCAAUCAUUGAGUCAAUCCAUGACUGACCGUGAUAAUACAAUGGUUUCAUCAUUUACAACAGGUGGUGAUAAUGAUGUUAUUGAAAUUCAUCAGUUUAGUUCAGCUGAUAUAGAUGCUUAUCUUGAUAUUUAUUUCGAAACGCUUAAUACUCGUUUAAGACGUUAUAUUGGAGAAAAUGAAGAAUUACAACAGUUUCGUACAGCAAUGAAAGCUCGAAUAAAUUCAACUCCAAAUGCAAGUGAAUAUCAAAAUGUUCUACUCGGCAAAAUAAAUGGUGAAGUCUUAGCUGCAGUAACAAUGCUAUUUCCGAAAGAAACACCAACUAUUCCACAAACAUCAGAUAGUCAACCACGAAGCUCCUGUUUAACACCAGUACAUCGUUGGAUGGUACGUAAAGCAAAUUAUGUUCCAUCAAACAUCGAAGAAUGUUACAUUGAAAUGAUCGGUGUUAAAAAUGCCUAUCGAAAUCAUGGUAUUGGCUCUGCUAUGCUAGAAUGUGUUGAACAUUUAGCACGACAAGCUGGUGCUAAUAUAUUAACCGUACAUAUAACCGGACAACAAACACAAAGCUUUUUUCAGCGUUUUGGUUUUACUAUGGACAAUACAGAUAGUUCACCAUUUUGGAAAUGGCUUGUUGAACGACAAGCUAUCACGAAACUAUCAAAAAUUCUACCAUCGGACGAUGAAAAUAACGAUCAAAUCACAAAUAGUUAUCUCAAUGAGAGUAUGACUGAAAAUGCGGACGAGGAAUAG